CGCGCUAGGACCGCGGCGCGCCGCCCUCCGCGGCUAUAAGAGGCCGUGCUCCGGCCCCACGCGGAACCCGCGGCUCCGACCGGUGCCGGCGUCCCACUCGCGUUGGACCCGAGGCCGGACCCGCCGCUACGCAGCGGACGCCAGCCCAGGGCCUGCGAGGGACGCGCGCCCCAGGGUCGUAGUCGCGGGCACCAUGGGCGCUGCCCACUCCGCUUCCGAGGAGGUGCGGGAGCUCGUGGGCAAGACCGGCUUCUCUUCAGACCAGAUCGAGCAGCUGCACCGGAGGUUUAAGCAGCUGAGUGGAGACCAGCCUACUAUCCGCAAGGAGAACUUCAACAACGUCCCUGACCUGGAGCUCAACCCAAUCCGAUCCAAAAUCGUCCGUGCCUUCUUUGACAACAGGAACCUUCGCAAGGGGCCCAGCGGCCUGGCCGACGAGAUCAACUUCGAGGACUUCCUGACCAUCAUGGCCUACUUCCGGCCCAUCGACACCGCCAUGGACGAAGAGCAGGUGCAGCUGUGCCGGAAGGAGAAGCUGAGAUUUCUGUUCCACAUGUACGACUCGGACAGUGACGGCCGCAUCACCCUGGAAGAGUACCGAAAUGUGGUAGAGGAGCUGCUCUCCGGGAACCCGCACAUUGAGAAGGAGUCGGCUCGCUCCAUUGCCGACGGGGCCAUGAUGGAGGCGGCCAGCGUCUGUGUGGGACAGAUGGAGCCUGAUCAGGUGUACGAGGGCAUCACCUUCGACGACUUCCUGAAGAUAUGGCAGGGGAUAGACAUCGAGACCAAGAUGCACGUCCGCUUUCUUAACAUGGAAACCAUCGCCCUUUGCCACUGACCUGCCGCCCCCACCCCCGCCCCCCCAGGAGCCCCUGCCUCUGCGCUGGGCAGCGUCCCCACGAGCCCCGGGCCUUUCGCUGCGGCUCCUGUAAAUAGUCAACAUUUCUCCAUUCAUCUCGUUUCCCACAGGGUGUGGUAUGCGGGACUUUGUUGUUUUUAUCUCUAAUAAAAAAGGAAGAGGGUUUGUUAAUGAA